AUGGAGCGUCCCACCAAGCCAGUCGACUACAAGUCGCUCUCGGAUGAAGAACUGCGCAAGCUCUGCGUGCAACAUGGCCUUUACAGCAACAAGCGUAGGAUGCUCGCAGCACAAACCUACAUCAACGCACUCAAGGCUCGUGAUCGCAAGCUGUUCGGCAUUCGGCCUCCCAAGCACAACUAUGCCCUCGACUACAAGUGCUACGCCCCGGCAGAUCUCCGCAGCUUCUGCGCCACCUUCAGAUUCUUCGACCUCCCGCCGGAAUUGAGGGUGGUCGUAUACUCGAUGCUCUUAAAUCAUCAGCGCGGCGACAAGGUCGGAAGAACCAAGACCUUGGCUUCCAUCGCAUACCCACAAAUCCUCAGAGCUUCGAAGCUAUGCUACAGGGAAGCACGCGGAGUCUUGUACCAGCAGAGCAGCUUGACCAUGAAGGUCUCGACUUGGGAUGAAAGACUCCGGGUCCGUGGCGACAUUGCGUUCGGUGUCGAAAAGGGCAAGGAGACGGUUGACUUGUUCGGUCGCCUGCUUCCGAAAUUUGCAGGCAUCUGGCACGCCAAUGUGGUGCUAGUCGAGGACGAUUACGGCGAUUUCGAUGACUGGAGUCUCGAGUGGACCCUCCAAGCACUCGUGAAGGCCUUCCGCAGGAAAAACGCCCUCAAGACAUUGACCAUCAAAUUUGUAUGCACGUGCGGCAGCAGACGUCGCCAUGAGCGCAGGAAGAAGGGCGAAGCAAAGACGACUCCCCAGGAGAUCGAAGAAUUGGAGACCGAGCUACGCACAUCCCUGCGGAGGCUGCCAGCAACGACUCAAGUGCAGCUUACGGGCUUGGAGAAGAUCAGCUCGCAGACGAUGCGCUUUAUGCUCGCGCGUGCGGACUACGUGCAGGAAACGAGACUCAAGUCUACUCCAGUUCACACGUGA